AUGACAGAAAUGGAGGAUGAUCCGUAUGCAAUAAGCUCGGAUACUGAUACCGAAUCAUUGAAAGGUCCACCGCCAAAAAUCAGCAUUGAGGGACGCUCUGUUGCUGAUAUUUCUUCACUUAAAGCCGCUUUGAGGGAAACAAAAGAGGCACUAAAGGAUGAAAAACGCCUCGAGGAAUUGAAUCAAUUGAAAGAGAAGUCCGAAAUACAUAAAAUAAAAAGAGACUUUAUUGAGGGUAGAAAAAAAGAAUUGGGGAAUGAAGCGAAGCCAAUAGAUGAAGAACGUGAACAACUUGCCGCCGUCACAAAAGAAAAGUACUCGAAGUUCAGAAAUAAAUUUGAAAAUCUUCCGGAAGUAAUGAAAGAGGAUCUUGAAGAACGUUUGAAAACCAUGGCGAAAGAGCUGACAGGUGUUGGAAAGGAAAAUUUAGAAAACAUCAAGGAUGCCUUCGAAAAUCCUCAAGAAGGCAAUAAAAGCGAACGCGAACAAAUUUUUAUUGAACGUUCGGAAGCAGACAAAAGACGAGUGAUGAGGACAUUCACGCAGGCAGACCUUAUAGCAGAUGACGCUCCGAAAGAAUGUGCACUGUGUCUAAAAACAGUCUAUCCUGUUGAAAGAAUCUUUGCUAAUAAGCGAAAUUAUCAUAUACAGUGCUUCAAAUGUGUCAAAUGUGGCAAGAAAUUGAUGUCAACGAAUUACAAUAUGCACGAAGAACAGCUGGUGUGCAAACUUCAUUACCUUGAAAUAUUUCAUCCUGAAAUUGCAAAAACAAUGGACCCUGCUACAAGAGAAGAGGAUGAAAAGAUGGAAGAUGAAGAAGAUGAGGAAUAUGCAAUAUCGUCGAAACCAAAGCAACUUGGAGAUGAUGUUAUUAAAAGCGGUACAAAAUUAGACGAUUUGUCCACUAUUGGAUCAUUAAAGGCCAGAAAAGGAGAUUGGGAAAAUUCUGCGAAGGAGGCAGAAGCUGUGCUUACCGAGAAGAAAAAUAUCGUUGAGGAGAUUAUUUCAGGAAAAGUGAAAGCUAAUUUGGAAAAAUUUGUAAUGGGUGCUGCUAAUGACGAAGAGGAAGAGGAGGACGAAGAAAAAGAUGGAAGAGAUCCAAAUAUCGCCCGUGAAGACAAGAAACAUCGUAAGGAGGAACUUAACUUUGAACGGGUAGAUCAUAUAAAGAAUAAGUGGAAAGCAGGCAAUAUACAAACAGCCGAUUUCAAAGAAAUGAAGAACGAUCUGAAGGAACUACAGAAUUAUCCUGGAGUCAAAAAGCGCUUCCAAGAGAUGACAGGGGUCGAACAGAAAGUUGCUAAACAUUGGGACAGCAGGGAACUCAAUACUUCAGGAGUAGCUGAUGCUCGCAGAUCAUUUUUGGAAGGUUCAGCAUUUCAAUCAGGACCGAUUGAGAAAACUGCUAUUGAGCUUGAAGAACUUGAGUUUAAAAAGCUUCAAGAUUUCAAAGAACGCUUUGAAAAAGGUGAAGGAAACAUCCAGGUGCAGAAGAUUGAGAUUGAUAUACACGCCGGAGACCUCAAUGGAAUUAAAUCAGCGUUUGAAAAAGGAGAAGACAAUUUGGAAAUCACACCAGAAGAAAGAGCGGAAUUGAAAAAGAAACAAAUUGAAGAGGAGUUUUUAAGGUACAAGCUUGUUAGACGAGCAGCUGCCCAAAGAGAAGCCAUCAAGGAAGUAUCUGAUGAUGUCGGAAUUGAAGCUGGAGUAGAGAUUCAGGUUGAAGAGAUCAAAAAUCGUUUCGAAAAAGGUGAUUAUUCCUCCAGAAAUGAACAUGAAGAUAAACAAUUGGAUGUGGAAAUUAAAAUGGCUGGUAAAGCUAGGCAGAAAUUCCGACAAAUCGAUGCUGAAGGAACUCAAACAAUUGCUCCACGGAAUCAGCAAGAGAAGCAUAUAAGCAAAUGGGACAAAAAGGAAAGCACAAUCCCGGAACCAGUGAACAGAAGAAUGGUCGAGGAUGAAGAGAAAGAAAUAGAAGAUGACGAUGUUUAUGAUGUUAAAAACCUCAUGCAAAAGUUCACAAACAUUGGUAGAGAAGAGGAAACAAAAAUAAAACAUGAAAGGCCAAGUGAUUUGGAUGAAAUUAAGAUAGCUGCGCGUAAUUUAAAAGAACAGUUCGAAAAAGUUGGAACGAAGUUUGAAAAUGAAACAGCAGAAGAAAAGCGCAGACAGCUCGAAGAAGAAUUUGAGAGAUUGAGGCGUGAAAAAGAAGCAGCUGCUGUUCGAGAAGAAAUCUCGGAAGAAGGGAAAUUUCCUGAAAAAGAAGAGAUUCGUGUGGCUGCUGACCAUGCUUCGAAAAUGGCCGCAAAGUGGGAAAAAAUUCAGAAAAAGGAGGCUAAAAAAGCGGAAAAGAGUCGGAUGCCUCCAAAAAAUGCCACGCAAACGGUUAGUCUGAUAACUUUCAGGUAAAUAAGCAUUUUCUCGUCACUCUUUGAUGAUUACUUACUUCUGCAGGUGCUUUAGUUAUCUA